AACUUUGAGUAAUGAAAUAACCUGCAUGAAAUAGUCUCUCUACCUUAACCGAAUCAGUAGACUUUGCAAGAACAAAAAAAAUACUCAAUAACGUAGCUUAACUCAAAUCACGCCAGUUAGUUGAUAACAGUCAUUCGCCGGGAAACGACGCGUUCGGUUUGAGAAGCUUGAAAAUGUAUUCUAAUUAUACGACGCCCGUGGAAUUCGAUAUGCGUGAUGUGCGUAUUGUGGACUUCCGUUCGGAUACGGUAAGUUUGCCGACCGCCAGAAUGCGUAAGGCAAUCUAUGAAGCGACAGUCGGAGACGAUGUUUACGGGGAAGACCCAACGGUUAAGGAACUGGAGUCCCGUUCGGCAAAGAUGUUCGAGAAAGAAGCCGCACUCUUCGUGCCCACAGGAACAAUGGCAAAUUUAUUGGCCCUAAUGGUUCACUGCAGUCGGCGAGGAUCAGAAGCCAUUGUUGGUGACAAGGCUCACGUUUUUCUCUACGAACAGGGAGGAGCAGCUCAAAUAGCCGGUGUUCUGUUGAACACCAUUCCGAAUCUGCCAGAUGGAACGUUUUGCUUGGAUCAGUUGCAAAACAAGUUUCGAGGACUGGAUGUCCACGAGCCACAGACUUCUUUGGUGCUAGUAGAGAACACGCAUAACAUGUGUGGAGGAAAAGUUCUUCCUUUGAAGUGGCUGGACGCUUUGGCUGAAAUUUGUAAGAAAAACUCCGCAAAAAUACACAUGGACGGGGCACGUGUAUUCAAUGCUGCCGAAUCCUUGAAUGUUCCCGUAUCGCGUAUCGUGCGAGAUGUCGAUUCGGUUUGCUAUUGCCUUAGUAAGGGCUUGGCUUGUCCCGUCGGUUCUGUCUUGAUUGGAUCAAAUGAUUUCAUCAAAGAAGCCCAUCGUUUACGGAAAGCAUUGGGAGGUGGUAUGCGACAAGUUGGAUUUCUAGCUGCUGCCGGGUUGUGCGCUCUGGAUGAGAUCGUUCCAAAGCUUAAAUAUGAUCACAUUCGUACCAGACAAAUUGCGGAAUCUAUUCGGAAUUUGAAUAGUUCACUUAUCACGGUUGAUCUAGAAAAUCUUCAUAGCAACAUAUUACUUGUGGAGCUGUUGAAUAAAAAAUUAAGACCUAGCGAAUUAACCCAAAGGUUAGCGGAAGUUCACCCAAAAGAGAUUGAAGACGGUUUAGUUGAUUCUUCUAAACGAGGGAUAAGCGUCAAAAUUAGUGCACGCGAUUGGGCUUACGCCCGAAUCGUUGUUUAUACCAACGUAACGGAUGAAGAGGUAAAUUUGGCGAUAAGGAAAAUUGCGUACGUUGUCGAAGAAUAUCAACAUAAUUUGAAGUAACACUUGGCGAUAGAUAGCGCUCGAUGUAACUAUUGUCGAGAUGUUCUAUUUCUGUGAAUCGUAAUAUUCGAGAUAAAAUUCUUCAAUAAAAACCCUAUGUUGAGUUUA